ACAUACAACCUAAAGAACAGAUCUUGUUCGCAGGUGAAAGGGAAUGACAAUGCCCAGCCAAGGAUGUGAUAACAUAGGUUCCUGAAUUUCUCUCUUUUUCCUCCUUGCUGUUGUUUUUUAUGCAUUGUUUUUGGUUGACAACAUCUCUCUCUCUCCCUCUCUCUCUCUCCCCCCCUCUCUCUCUUCCUCUCUCUCUCUCUCUCUCUCUCACACACACACACACACACACACACACGAACACACACACACACACACACACACACACACACACACACACAGAGGGCAUGGUAUGCCAAGCUAAGGACGGAAUGAUGUAUGCUGCCAACAUGGGGGUCCAUUUUCCUGCGGGCGAUGAUGGGUGCAAUAUGUGCACAUGCGCUCCUAGUCCAGCUAUUGGUUAUGAAGCAAUGCUCAUCUGUGGAACAAAAACUUGUCCGAGCUGCCCGGUGGAGAAACCAGCCACCCGAUGUACACAUGAUCCUUGCUUGAAUACCCAGUGCCCUCUUUAUCCACGUGCCACAUGCAGUAUCAACAACUGUGGGAAAUGCUCAGCAUCCUUUGAAGUAGAUGGUCGGAAAGUGGACUGCUUCAAAGCUCCUGACCCAUUUCUAGUUGCAAGUGGUUUUGUGGACAAGGAAUUCAAAAAAUGCACUAUGGAACCUGAUGGAUCAUCAAAUUGCACUGAGGGAAUAUGCGUCGUGAACUCCAACGACGUUCCAAGGCAGGGAAUUUGCAUACUCCCACUUCAGAGCCAAGUCUGUCUAGGGAAAGACGGAACCUUUUAUGCAGCUGGACUGGGGGUUCACUUCCCUGCUGGAGAUGGGUGCAAUUUCUGCACAUGUGAACCACCAGGUGGCGCUGGGCUACCUGCCAUGAGCGAAGAAAUUCUGGGAGGAGGAGGGGGAAGGGAGGAGAAGGAGGAGGAGACCGCAGAUGCGGACAGCAAAGGGGAGGAGUAUUAGUAGCACAAGGGAAAGUAUUGGAGGAGCAGGAGGAUAAAUGUGGCAAGACGAG